CGGAAGCAGGGGGUGACGCUUCCCCGGUAAACGGCGCGCGCCUCCAGUCGCAGUCAGUGAGUCACUCUGAAGCAGCGCCGGUGUUGACUCGUUCAGUCGCUCGCGCUGUCACAGGCGGCGGAUAUGAGAGGAAUGUAACGGCAGGAUGUGGACAUCAGCAGCAAGUCGUGCCGCUGCAGCCACAGGACACAGGACACAGGACAUGUAGAGGAUCCUGCGCGCGCGUCGGUGAGUGGCGUGUGCGCGUCUGGCGAAAAAAAUAAUAAAGCCGGGGUUAAAAAUGCGCGGUGCGUCGGCGCGGAGCUGAAGAACAACUCACUUACAGGGAUUAAUAUUCAUCGCAAUAAGAAACAACAACAACAAACCCGCAAUUUCAAUGAUCAACAGCGCGCGGGCGCGUGAAUCCAGGCGCGUUCGUGCGCUUUAUUUGUCCGAGAUGACCGGAUGAGGAAAGGACACGCGCUGGUCUCGAGCAGCAGGUUCACCGGCGGACACGCGCAGGUGGAGCCAUCCAGGCCUGUAGACUCACUCAAGUACGGAUCAUGUUCUAAAGCAGACCAGCCAUGAAAAGCAUAGGGGCCAGCCACACUCGUCACUUGUCGGACUCCUGCAUGCCUGUGGCAGGUCCCCAGGAGCCGAUAUGCCCCUUGACCCCGGACCCCCAUGCGUCAUACCUCUUAAGCCCCGCCAUCAGCCAUUAUGGUACUCUCGAUCAACACAUGCACCACUUUCCGCCAACAAGCCCCAUCGCUCUUCAAGCCGACUGCCUGCUGCCCCUCAACAACCAACUGACCACCAGCAACACCUUCCCUCGCUUCCAGUUCCCCUCCCAGGUCAAUCCGUCUGAGUACACUCAGCAGGGUUGCGUGUCUCAGACGGCCUCUCGCUCGGGCACCCUCACCACCUCUGCAUCUAUGGGAAUGGGCUUAGGUCUCGGACUCACGAUUCCACCUAUGAUCAGCAGCGGCACGGCAACAAUUUCCUCAGCUGCAGCAGCCAAGAUGAACCGCAUUCCGACUGGCCUGUUGGACCAGCUAGAGCACCAUGUUCCUCUGCAACGCGAUGGCUUCAGCACGCUUCAGUUCCAUAGAAGGAGUCGAGGUGCCAAGCAGCGCAGCGAGAGCCCCGGUCGUAUCCGCAACCUGGUGCACUCCGUCCAAAAACUAUUUUCUAAGACUCAGUCUAUAGAGGGCUCGAGCGGUAAGGGGUCUGUGCAGGGAGCCGAUGGCACCAAGGUUACACGCCGGUCCAAAAGUAAGGACCGUGCAAAGACAGAGGGUGCCAAGAGACGGGGGCGGCCCAACCUCUCUGGGUUCUGGAGCUCAGAUGAUGCUCUGGAAGAUGAUGCAACGACUCAAGAGGCAACCGGUCCAGUGGCUGUAGCUUAUCGUAACCCACUGAGCAUGAUGACAUUGGGCAGGGCAGUGUCAGACAGCCAGGCGCCUCCCAGAACCCACGUACAGGGCUACAAUACCAUCGCUGCUCACCGUUCUCUCAAGCCUUCCAAAAGCAGUGGAGAGCUGAAAAGCCAGACAAUGUCCUCAACUGGUGGAUCAGCAGGGGAUGGCACACUGGCAAAAAGAGGCUCAUGGUCAACGCUAACACUUAGCCAGGCUCGGCAAGUGCUGCAGAAAGGCACCGCCACAGUGAACCGGACACUGCUCAAGUCUAAGUCCUACCACCAGGAGCUGACCUCCAACUUCCUACAGGUUCCUGCAGGGGAUUGGAGUGGGACGCUAGGUAAAGGUACUGGAGCAGGAGGGGAGAUUCCAUGCAGGAGAAUGCGUAGUGGCAGCUAUGUCAAAGCCAUGGGUGAUCCCGAGGACAGCGACCAGUCUGACAGCCCUCCCUCACCAAAACCCUCGCCAAAAACAGCCGCUCGGCGCCAGAGCUACCUAAAGGCCACACAACAGUCACUCAGUGAACAGCAACCACCUCUGCCACCACGCAAACACCGAUCAUGCCCCUUCAUGUGGGAACAGUACGGGGUGUCAUGGGCUCCUCUACAGAACGCCUACUCCAUGCAGCACCUGACAAGCUGCUUGCCAUCUCUGAGAGAACUUACCACCAACCGCAGCCUGGAUAACCUGGACUGUCUGGUGGGGCAGAGUGAUGCUCAGCACUGGGAGAGAGAAGGGAACUUCGGUCAUGGCUCGUCCACACUCGGACGGAAUUCUGGCAUUAACCAGAUGGAUCAGAGCUGUUUGUGCUCUGCAGCUUACAGCCACACGGACUCUCAGGCGGUGGAGGCUCUGGAUCUGUCGGCGCCGCCCUGCUUCCGCUCACGCAGCCACAGCUACCUGCGUGCCAUCCAGGCCGGCUGCUCUCAGGACGACGACUCGGACUCGGACGAACCUCCGCUGAACACCGACAGCAACACGAGCAUUUCCUCCGCAGCCCGGAAUAAGACCCCGCCCCCCGUCCCUCCUCGCUCCGCCUCCAAGCCCUACAUCUCUGUGACGGUGCAGAGCAGCACGGAGUCGGCGCAGGACACCUACCUGGAGCAGCGCAGCGAAGCCAACAGCCAAUCAGGACGCAGCAACUCGUCAGACAGCGCCACCAGCUCAAGGACGGGAAGCCUGGCUAAAGCUCCUCUCCCCCUGAUACCUCAUAUCCCCGUGCACAUCCCCCUGGUGCCCCCCAUCCCCGUACCGGUGCCCAGCGCCCGUGUGAGCAGCCCUCCCCCUCCUCCUACCCGAGAAACCCAGACGGUGAGCGUCGGGUUCACGCAGGACGAACCUCGGGCCGCCGUCAGGAGGAAACUCUCCUCCAUCGGCAUCCAGGUGGACUGCGUUCAGCCCGUACUGCGAGAGGAACACACCCCCACCACCAGGUUCCAGUCUAUUGGAGUUCAGGUGGAGGACGGCAGGCCGCUGAGCCGCUUCAGCAGCAUGGCGUCCAGACAGGAGACGGCUGACGCGGAGCCUCAGGACCGGACAGACAGUAAGGUGACAGACAUCAGCAGCGCAGCUUGCAGCACUCAGACUCUGGACUCUCCUGGCUGCUUAGGCAGAGCUCAGAAAUGCUCCUUCACCAUCCCGGAGAGCGUCGAGGCGGCUCUGGACCCUUCCUCUCUGCCUCCUCCUCCUCCGUCCCUGCAAAGCGUGAGUGUGAACGGAGCAUCGGAGCAGCCCGGGGCCCCGGGGACGUGUCUCAGGGACGGACACUGCUUCCUCCGACUGCUGCAGGCCGAGACGGGGCGCAUGGACGCCUGGUGCCAGCAGAUGGAGCAGGAAAGCAAAGAGAAGCUGCUCUCUGAAGAAGUGCUGGGGAAGAUCCGCAGUGCGGUAGGCAGCGCUCAGUUGCUCAUGUCUCAGAAGUUCCAGCAGUUUCGAGGGCUGUGUGAGCAGAACCUGGACGUGAGCGCUCAGCCGCAGCCCACUGCUCAGGACCUGGCGGGUUUCUGGGAUCUUCUGCAGCUCUCCAUCGAGGACAUCAGCACGAAGUUCGACGAGCUUCACCUGCUCAAGGCCAACGACUGGAAACUUCCAGACAGCAGCAGCAGCAAAAAGGAGGAGAAAAAGCCAGCAAGCGUGACGACGCCGAAGAAGGCACCGAAGCUCAAAGCGACCGCGCCGAAGGAGAAGAGCAGCGGAGACUCGGCCGCUGAUAAACAGAGACAGGAAGCACGGAAGCGGCUGAUGGCUGCCAAACGAGCCGCGUCCGAGCGCCAGAACUCUGCCACGGAGAGCGCCGACAGCAUCGAGAUCUACGUCCCUGAGGCUCAGACUCGCCUCUGAGAGAAACCACACACACACACACACACACACACUCCUACUCACACGCUUCUGGAGCUUACAGGGACGUAGAACUACGAACAGUACAAACGUGGGAAAUAAUAACUAAAUAACUAAAUAAAGGAGCUGUGUGUCAGCACUGAGAGUGUUA